AUGACCUCGCCUUCUCGCGUAAUAAACUUUUUGAACUUCAAUCAAACUGGAACAUGCAUAUCGAUGGGAACAUCAGAGGGUUUUGAGAUUUUCAACUGUGACCCUUUCGGUAAGUUUUAUUCGGAUGAAAGCGGUGGGUACGGGUUAGUUGAAAUGUUGUUUUCGACCUCUUUGCUUGCGGUCGUGGGAGUCGGAGACCAACCAGCUAUGUCUCCAAGAAGGCUCCGGAUCAUAAACACCAAGAGACACUCUGUUAUCUGCGAAGUGACCUUCCCCUCUACAAUUCUUGCCGUGAAGAUGAACAAAGCAAGACUGAUAGUGUUACUAGAGGAUCAAAUCUAUGUAUACGAUAUCAGCAGCAUGCGGCUUUUGCACACGAUAGAAACAGCAACAAAUACGCGAGGAUUAAUAGCAGUUUCACCGUCACUCGAAAAUAACUACCUAGCUUAUCCUUCUCCUCCAAAGGUUAUAAAUUCAGAAAUAAAAGGGCAUGCCACCACGAACAACAUAAGUCUUUCAUCAGGGGAUGCCGGGUCGAACACAAGUGCUACGGACAGUUAUGUCGAUACGUCUGUGUUUUCUGCUCUUCGCAAUGGGACCAGUGAUAGUGGUCCCAGUGGGUCCUUCAAGAACGGGGUCGAAAGCGCUCCCGUCUCUACUGUUCAAAGCCAACCCAACCCCAAGAACACGAAUAACAUCAUAAAGAAUGGCGAUGUCAUUUUAUUUAACAUGCAAACUCUGCAGCCUACGAUGGUAAUAGAGGCACACAAAGGAGAAAUAGCGUCUUUGACGUUAAGCCGAGAUGGUACCUUACUUGCUACGGCAUCAGAAAAGGGAACAAUAAUAAGAGUUUUCUCAGUUGAAACGGGAACAAAAGUAUACCAAUUCAGAAGGGGCACAUACCCAACCAGGAUAUAUUCAAUGUGCUUCAGUGAUGAUAACCAGUUUCUUGCUGCAAGCUCAUCUAGCAAGACCGUCCAUAUCUUCAAAUUAGGCAAAUCUGCGUUCGAAACAGGAAGUGUUGACGCGCAUAAUAACAGUGACCUCGAUGAUCAAGAAGGAGAUGAAUUUUCUAUUGAGGACACUGAGGAGGGAGAAAACGAAGAAGUCACUUCGUUAGGUCAAAGCUCAGGAGCUAGUUUUGACUCGUCACAGAUGGAUGGCCACCUCAAAGAGCCAGUAGUAGACGCUUCCCGCAGGACCGUUGGGCGCAUGAUACGCAAUUCUUCACAAAAGUUUUCACGAAGAGCUGCCAGAACGCUAGGCGCUUACUUUCCAAUAAAAGUGACUUCAUUGCUUGAACCAUCAAGACACUUUGCCAGCUUGAAGCUACCCAUUGAAGGUAGCGGAAGCGUAAAGUCCAUAGCAGCUAUUGGCCAACCAGUUGAUGUGGAUACCACAGUGUAUCCCGAACUUUUUGGAAACAACAUUUCAGAUUCUAGCACUGGUGACACAAAGGCGGGCGUAAUGAAAAUGGUACCUGUCCGCGUCAUAUCUUCCGACGGCUACUUGUACAACUACGUGUUAGACCCCGAAAGAGGUGGUGAUUGCCUACUGUUGAGCCAAUUUUCGCUGCUUAUGUGCUAG